GUACUCAUGCGAAAAAAUCAAUUGAGUCCUAAUACUUUUAAGUGAAUCAACUAGGUGUACAAAGUGUUAUUCAAGCGUUACCAACAUACACUAUGAAUGUUUUUCUUCUACCGCAUGAGCUUUGUAAGGAGAUUGAAGUCCUAAUGAAUGGGUUCUGGUGGUUAGGCAAAGCUGGAAAAGGGAUCCGUUGGAGGGACUGGGAUUUCCUGUGUAAGCCAAAAAAGACAGGGGGCAUGGGGUUUAGGAGACUUCGGCAUUUCAAUAUUGCUAUGCUCGCUAAACAAGCGUGGAGAUUACUAUCCGAACCAAAUUCUCUGGUGGGUCGUGUUUUCAGAGCAAGGUAUUAUCCAGGUGGUAAUUUUUUAAAAGCUAAGUUGGGAAAUAAUCCAUCCUUUUGUGUGGAGGAGUUUGUUUGAGACACAGGAGGUUAUUCGAGAUGGAUAUCGUUGGCGGGUUGGGGACGGCAAGUCAAUUCAGGUCUGGUCCGAUCCUUGGUUACCGGAUGAGGUAAAUCCUUUGGUCACAUCUACUCCUUAUGCAGGCUUGGAAAACACGACAGUUAGCAACCUGUUUAGUGUGCAUACUCAGGCAUGGGAUUCAGACAUCAUCCUUGACAUCUUUAAUAACAGAGAUAGAACCCUGAUUCAAAGUAUCCCAACAAGCAAGCGUAUGAUACCUGAUAAGCUGAUUUGGAGAUGGGAGGCUGGAGGAAGAUUUUCAGUGCGCAGCUGCUAUCGGAAAUUGGUGGGUGAAUUUCAAGCGGAUUCUUGGUCAGAAUGGACAUCGAUGUGGAAUUGGAGACUUCCUCCAAAGAUUAAAUCGUUCUUUUGGCAAGCAUGUGUAGAUUGCCUCCCAACUACUGUUAACCUGGUGAGUCGAAGAGUGAACUGCCAAGUUAGGUGCGGACUGUGUGGAGCUGGGGAGGAAACGUUGCUCCAUUUAUUUGUGCGCUGUCCGGUGGCUAUUGUGAGUUGGCGUGCCAUGGGCUGGAGCAAUUUUGAGCAGGUGGGUGGGUCGGCUGGAUCUUUUCUCGAGUGGCUUCAGCGCGUUUUUCAGACGGAGAAGAAACCAGACCUGUCGAGGGUGGUGUGGGGCUGCUGGGGCUUAUGGAGUGAAAGAAAUAUGAGGAUUUGGCAAGGUUUGAGCUUGCAGCCCGCUCAGCUUGCUGCUCAGACGAAGAGCUUUGUUGACGGAUGGCUGAAGGCUCAGUGUGG